UGGGUAGGGGGCCGGCGGGGCGCAGAGCGGAGCCGCCUCGGAGCCUGAGCCGCCCGGGGCCGGGGCGCCGCGCGGGGCCGGCCGGCCGGGGGGAGGGGAGCGAUGCGGCGCCGGCGAGCGGCAGUGGCUGCGGGUUUCUGCGCCUCCUUCCUGCUCGGCUCGGUCCUCAACGUGCUCUUCGCACCGGGCUCCGAGCCUCCGCGGCCAGGCCAGUCCCCCGGGCCCUCGCCCGCCCCGGGCCCGGGCCGUCGCGGGGGCCGCGGAGAGCUGGCCCGGCAGAUCCGGGCGCGCUACGAGGAGGUGCAGCGCUAUUCCCGCGGCGGUCCCGGGCCCGGGGCUGGCCGCCCAGAGCGGCGGCGCUUGAUGGACCUGGCUCCCGGCGGGCCGGGCCUGCAGCGCCCCCGGCCCCCGCGGGCCCGGUCCCUCCCCGACGGCGCUCCGGGCUGGCCCCCGGCUCCCGGCCCAGGCUCCCCCGGCCCAGGCCCGCUCUUGGGCUGCGCCGCGCUCCGCAACGUGUCCGGCGCGCAGUACUUGGGCUCCGGCUACACCAAGGCCGUUUACCGGGUCCGCCUGCCCGGCGGCGCCGCGGUGGCGCUCAAGGCGGUGGACUUCAGCGGCCACGAUCUGGGCAGCUGCGUGCGCGAGUUCGGGGCACGAAGGAGCUGCUAUCGGCUGGCGGCCCACAAGCUGCUCAAGGAGAUGGUGCUGCUGGAGCGUCUGCGGCACCCCAACGUGCUGCAGCUCUAUGGCUACUGCUACCAGGACAGUGAGGACAUCCCCGACACCCUGACCACCAUCACGGAGCUGGGCGCCCCUGUGGAAAUGAUCCAGCUGCUACAGACUUCCUGGGAGGACCGAUUCCGAAUCUGCCUGAGCCUGGGCCGCCUCCUCCACCACCUGGCCCACUCCCCGCUGGGCUCGGUCACGCUGCUGGACUUCCGGCCUCGGCAGUUUGUGCUGGUGGGCGGGGAGCUGAAGGUGACGGACCUGGACGAUGCCCGCGUGGAGGAGACGCCCUGCACAAGCAGCUCCGACUGCGUGCUCGAGUUUCCGGCCAGGAACUUCUCCUUGCCCUGCUCAGCCCAGGGCUGGUGCGAGGGCAUGAACGAGAAGCGGAACCUCUACAACGCCUUCAGAUUUUUCUUCACAUACCUCCUGCCCCACAGUGCCCCACCCUCACUGCGGCCUCUACUGGACAGUAUUGUCAAUGCUACAGGAGAGCUCACCUGGGGGGUGGACGAGACCCUGGCUCAGCUGGAGAAGGUGCUGCACCUGUACCGGAGCGGGCAGUAUCUGCAGAACUCCACAGCAGGCAGCAGAGCCGAGUACCAGCGCAUCCCAGACAGCACCAUCCCCCAGGAGAACUACCGCUGCUGGCCUUCCUACCACCACGGAAGCUGCCUCCUUUCCGUGUUCAGCCUGGGUGAGGCCAUGGAUGUCUGUGAGAGCCAUGCCCAGUGCCGGGCCUUCGUGGUCACCAACCAGACCACCUGGACAGGUCGGCAGCUGGUGUUUUUCAAGAUGGGAUGGAGUCAGGUGGUCCCAGAUCGCAACAAAACCACGUACGUGAGGACCUCUGGCUGAGCUGUCCGUGGGCUCUGCUGACCAGCUGACGUUCCCCUCCGGCCAGACUUGCCUGUGGAGGGCGUGACCUGCACCAGCAACGCUGCAUGUCACCUUGGAAACCCUGCAGACAAGGCUGACAUCCCAGACAGACCGACGUGACCAGGACAAACGUGCAAUAACGUGAAAUAUUAAAAUGUGAGUUUACCAGCCUGUAUGUGGACUGCUGGCCCCAGAGCCAGGAAUCCUGGGGGCUGACGGUGUCUGCAGCGCUCUGGGCUGCGAUCCGGAGGCCGUGCCCCUCCCUGGGACGGCGCCGUGGGCAGCCCCAUCACUGUGUUCAUAGCAUGAGAAUGUAGCCUAAGCCCUGCUGCCGCUGCACGUGCCAAGGCCAGACAGGGCUGCGUGGGGACAAUUGGCCAUGGAGUAUUUGCUCAGCUGAGCCCCCGACAGGAGACUUGGCUGGAGGGGAUGCUCCUGGGCGACUGUGGCCUCCCGACGGGGGCACUCAUGGGCCAGGCCAGGGAACGAGGCGCACACAUCCGUAUGAGCCAAGACAUGGGGUGUGGGGUCAAGGAGCAGGUUGCAUUUGAGCCAGGACCUGGGGCGGGGGUGGAGCCGGGGCCUUUCUGCCUCAUUUGCUUUCAGUGAAAGCAGCAAAGCAGCCAAGACCAGGCUCUCCCUGCUCCUGGAGUUUGUAUAUCCAGAAGCUUUUGUACUUCUUGUUAAUUAAAUUGUUUAUUUUUGUAAAAAAGAAAAUAUCAAUCGGUUAAUAAAAUGACGUUUCACAGCAAAGUCUCUUCCCAA